CAGCGGCGCGACCGGAAACGCGGGUUCUUCCGGGCGGCGGCUGCGAUGGCUCCGGACCCGUGGCUCUCGCUGUACGACACCACCUCCCAGCUGGCUCAGGAGAUCGCCGAGAAGAUCCGGGAGCGACACCGGCACGAGCGCAACGGGGAGAGCGCAGCCAAGCUCAAUGUGAUUAUCAGAUCGUCGUUGCAGAACCUGGGUGAGAAGAUCAAUCAGCUGAAGGAGUUACUGCUUCGGGCUGUAUCAACACAUCAAAUCACGCAGCUGGAGGGGGACAGGCGGCAGAAUUUGGUGGAUGACCUCCUCACACGGCAAAAGCAGCUUCAGGCGUCUUACAGGAAUGAAGGCCCAGAACCAGAUGUGAUAAGGUCCAGCCUAAUGACAGGAGGGGUCAAACGAGGUGUAACCAACCCAUGGCUCUUGGAAGAAUCUGAAGAAACCAGGGGGCUUGGCUUUGAUGAUCUCCGGCAGCAGCAGCGCAGGAUCAUAGAAGAGCAAGACGCUGGACUUGAUGCUCUCUCCUCAAUCAUAUCCCGGCAAAAACAAAUGGGGCGGGAGAUCGGGAAUGAGCUGGAUGAACAGAAUGAGAUCAUCGAUGACCUUACUAACCUGGUGGAGAAUACAGAUGACAAGCUUCGCAACCAGACGCGGCAUGUGAAGAUGGUGGACAAGAAAUCAACGUCCUGUGGUAGGAAUGCUAGUGGUGAUUGUGUUGCUGCUGAUUGCCAUUGCCGUGGUCGCUGUCUGGCCGAAGCAUUAAUGUGGAUCCGGGUCCUGUCGGUGCUGCUGCUGGGCAUGGAGCUCCUGGAGAGGAGCCGGCUUGGUGCAAAGAACCUCUGUGUUUUAAAUAAACCCCACAGCACGAGAAUGAAGCUGUGUCCGACAGACAUCUGCUCUGCUGUCAGUGCGCAGCUGAAGAGCGCUGCCUGAUGUGGAGUGUUCGAACUUGGACAGGACUCCUUCCCACCUUUGUUUGGCACUCGGGAGGCUGCGGCUGCCUGGGCAGUGGCUGCAUUGCUCCGUGCAUCUGCAUCGGAGCACGCGCUGCUGUCGGGGUGCUGCCUGUCCAGCCCCCACCACUCCUGCCCAGCGGUCAACUGUCCCAGGGCUUUGAAAUCUUAAAUAAAGGUGUGGUUUGGUGGAACAGCCAUGACACUCCUCUGCUUUCUGAUACCUUCUUCCGGAAUGAAAGUGCUUACAUUUUGCAAGGAAUAGCUGUUUGGGGGAAUUACUGCAUCUGGAAGCUUGCAGGAUGGGGAGCAAGUACACAUGGCGCCCAGCAAAGGAGGCACGGGACUGCUGGGAACUCAUGGAGGUGCUGGAGAGUCAGCCAGCCCUGGGUCCUUGGGGAAGAGUUCUCCGUGUAGAUCUCCAUGCAUAGAAAUGUAAACAGCAGUGGUCUCAAACCAGGAGGAUCAGAGUGGAAAGCUUUGCCCAGCAGGCGCUCAGGAGGAAGGUGUGCUCUUCGUAUGCUCUCCAUGAGCUCUCCACAUGCUCUCCACGUGAUCUCUAUGCUCUCCACGUGCUCCACCAGACUGACCACAAGAGAUGUGUGGGCGUUCCUGUACUCAUCUCAGUGAUUGGGAUCUGCGUCUUUCUUUUGUAACUUCUCACAUGCUGUUCAAACCGAGAGGAAGGUUUACUGACUUGGAAACUAAUACGGAAUGCUUGAUCCUGACCAAGAAAAUCAUUAUGUCAUUCUACGUGCCAGUUUGAGUUCAGCAUUGAUAGAGCAAGCAAUAAAUAUUAAAUAAAUGCUGA